AUGGCUGAACACUUUAAACAAGCAAGCAGUUGUCCUAUCUGCCUGGAUUAUCUUGAAAACCCCAUGCACCUGAAAUGUGGAUACAUCUGUUGCCUCCGAUGCAUGAACUCACUGCGGAAGGGGCCCGAUGGGAAGGGGGUGCUGUGCCCUUUCUGCCCUGUGGUCUCUCAGAAAAAUGACAUCAGGCCCGCUGCCCAGCUGGGGGCGCUGGUGUCCAAGAUCAAGGAACUAGAGCCCAAGCUGAGAGCUGUUCUGCAGAUGAAUCCAAGGAUGAGAAAGUUCCAAGUGGAUAUGACCUUGGAUGUGGACACAGCCAACAACUAUCUCAUCAUUUCUGAAGACCUGAGGCGUGUCCGAUGUGGGAAUUUCAGACAGAAUAGGAAGGAGCAAGCCGAGAGGUUCGACACUGCGCUGUGCGUCCUGGGCGCCCCUCGCUUCACUUCCGGCCGCCAUUACUGGGAGGUGGACGUGGGCACCAGCAAAGUGUGGGAUGUGGGCGUGUGCAAGGAAUCUGUGAACCGACAGGGGAACGUUGUACUCUCUUCGGAACUCGGCUUCUGGACUGUGGGUUUGAGAGAAGGACAGAUCUACUUUGCCAGCACUAAGCCUUCGACGGGUCUCCGGGUGAGCCCAGGUCUACACCGAGUGGGGAUUUACCUGGAUAUAAAAAUGAGGGCCAUUUCCUUCUAUAAUGUCAGUGAUAGGUCACAUAUCUUCACAUUCACGAAAAUUUCUGCUACCGAGCCACUGCGUCCAUGUUUUGCUCAUGCAGAUACAAGUCGUGAUGAUCAUGGAUACUUGAGUCGUGCUCGUCUGGGAAUGAUGGACGCCACGUUCUCAGCAGCCAUCAAGCUGAAGAGUGGGGAAGAAUACAUCAGCUGCAUCAAUUCACUGAAGAUGGAGCCCCAAGCGGAGGGUGUGUGGUGCCCUUUCUGUACCAUGGUCACUCAGAAGAAUGACAUCAAGACAAAUUAUCAACAGUGGAAGGCAGCUUCCACGAGAAAGGAACUAGAGCCACAACUGCGGUCUGUUCUACAGAUGAACCAAGGAUGCCGAAGUUCCAAGGACAGUGGCCUGCAGGGACAGGGCAUGGAGAAUACAGCCCUCGCUGACUGGGAUGUUGAAGGACAGGUUUAUUGA